AUGCAUUCCGUCAUUCGCAUCGCACGGCGGGAACAAUCGCCGAAGGAUCCACCGGCGGGGCACGUGACCAAAGAUGGCCCGGAGAGAUUGUCCGACAACCGCGUUUCAGAAGCGCUCCACCGGGGGAAUAAACUUGAUCAGCAGGCGUCACUCUUGGCUCAGGUGAUGGACGUUCACCAGGCCGUGGCACCCUUGCUGUGGAUCUGUCUCGUUUGUUUGAUCGAUCUGCAUGCGCUGGAGGCCAGGGUGUCGGACAUUUUCAUCAUCAACGCUGGCUGCCAGGUCCUGCACAGGUGCAUCCGCAUCAACGCACGGCAUACCGCCGUCGUGGAGCAGGUCUGCCGGGUGGUCGCGGUCAUGAGCGAGCCUAGCUUUACCUCACGGACGCGAUUCAUGGUGGAGAAUAUUCAAGACGCCAUCCACGAGCACAAACUGGUGGGAGAUCGCACCAACUACGUGUUGGGGCGAGUUCUUAAGCUUCUUCCCUUGCCGCCCCCCCCACCCCAAUGACGCCUUGGCUUCCAACGUCACACGUCGUCAUCGUGCAUCAGGUGGUAUUUCUACACAGACGGCACCCAGGGGUUUCCAAGUUGGGAAACAGGGCGUUAGACGCUUUGUGGGGCGGGGACGAUUUCGGGGCGAAGCAGAAGGCGUCGGCGGCUGAGAGGUUCCAGCACGGGAGCGAUAGCGAGGGUGGUGGAUGAUGGGCGAAUGAACGUUGUUCGUUGGGUGAUUGGGCGACACCCGGUUUGGUAGUGCAGGACGGCCCAUGGGGUGAUUUCUCGCCCCUCGUGGGUUCAGCACAAAAAGUGCGUGGUCGGGGUCUUCCGGCUGGAUCAGACAAUCAUUCAUUACGGCCCAGGGAGACUUUUAGAGACCGUAACGGUCUCUUAGAGGAACCAUACCCGGUGUACGGGUAUACAUAUUCUGUGAGCACAGUCUGACGUCAGGCCCGCCUACCACACUUGAAGCUCACCUGUGCAAUUUGCAGAGUAUAUAU